AUGCAGGCCGACACUAACAACGAAGCAGCGCUCGAUAUUGUCCCCCGUCAGCAUGGUGAGCCUGUUCGCUGCACCCUCCAUACCGCAUCUCUUGACGAUAGCCCGAGUUAUGAGGCGUUAUCCUACUGUUGGGGUGAUCCGCAUAUAUGUCACAUCAUAGAAGUUGAUGGUCAACAAGCUACAGUCACCGAAAAUCUGUAUAAUGCACUCCGGAGGUUGCGAUUCGUUGACCGAACGAGGCAUAUUUGGGCAGAUGCGCUUUGUAUCAACCAAGCGGAUACGACUGAAAGGACCCAUCAAGUCGGAUUGAUGAGAAACAUUUACUCAUCCACCAUAGAAGGAAUAUUGUGGCUUGGGGAAUUCUCUGGCAUCAGCGAAAUAGGCGCGAACUCAGUCGCACAACAGACUGUUGCAACGGCAUUCAAAUUGAUCAGAUCACUGGCUGAAGACCAUCACUGGAAUUCUCAAGAGCAUGCACAGUCGAUGGCAAGAGAAGAAGCAGAUGCCCUCACUGCUCUGCUGAAUCUUUCGUGGUGGCAGCGAGCCUGGACUGUGCAAGAAGCGGUUCUCCCGAAGAAAGCAACUCUGUACUGCGGAACAAUGCAACUACGGCUAUCGGAAGUCAAGCGUGCGCAUCUCAUGUCCGUAAGUCAUGAUCGGAAGGGAUGCUGCAUCACAAAUCCUGAGUGUUACGACGUUCUCUGCAAGUUCUGGGACUGUAUCGAAGGGUUUCGCCUUCUACAAGAAGAAUCCGAUAGAGAUAUUUUGGUGAGAAUGGCUUUGGAAAUGUUUCGGUUUCGCCAUGCAUCUGAUUGGAGAGAUUGCGUGUACGCAUACUUGGGUCUAGGGAGCAGGGCCUUGGCUGACUAUACUAUCCCUCAUGAGAUGGCGUUCAAAUAUGUUGUGCGUUCGCUUAUUCAAGAGUCAAAUAAUCUUGGACCUUUGAUUCGCAUUGCGGAGCAUGCUGAAACACGCUUAGCGACUUUGCCUUCUUGGUGUCCUGACUAUGGAUUGUCUUUUCCGGAGACCUACGAGAACUUGGACCAAGAGUUUGGGUGGCUUUGCAUGUAUAAUUGGUACCAAGCUGGGGGUAGGGACGGGCCAACUAGUAGGUUUUCACUUAUCGAUUCGAGACUUGAGCUGCGAGGCAUUGUCAUUGAUAAGAUCACGAACGUCGACGGGCCGAUUUAUAACCCCGAUACAAAGGACGAUGUUCUCUCUGCCUGGCAUCAUGAUCGAGAUCCUCGCAUCUGCUGCCGAGGAUCAUAUGAGGAAGGCGGAUGGUGCGAACUCAUGCGUGAUAUCUUCAUUGUUUUCUCCAACAAGCCUCGAGAUUACAGUAAACCUCGCACGAGAGCUGGUUUCGAGGCAAUGAUUAAUUCCCUUUGGGAUCCCAGAUCUCAACUCUCUGUCUUCCAAUAUCAGACCUGCCAUACGGAAACGAGGUUGGUUGGCCAUGCGAGAGUAGAUAUGCAGGCGGGAGAUGUUCUAUGUGUUUUGCUUGGGGGAAAUAUGCCAUUUAUACUAGGACCACUUGAUGAUGGAGUUUUUGGUUAUGUUGGGCAGGCGUUUGUUCCUGGGAUCAUAGAUGGGGAAGCCCUUCAACAGGGACAUGGGUUGGAAUGGAUCACCCUGGUUUGA